CAGUGCUCAGUUUUGACAACUUCAAGUGUUAUAUUACAAAAAGGUUCUGGAAAGGAUCACAGUUUGAAAGAUAACCGUUGAAUUGUUUUAAAAUGAACAUGGUGCAGCAGCUGAUAUGGAAGAUUCAAGUUUAAACCAGGCACAUUAUGAGACCAGAAGAGCAGAGCAAUUGGUCCGACAGGGAAAGCUUGAUGAUGCCAUUGAGUGUCACGAAAAGGCCUCUACACUGCUAUCUUCUGCAAUGACUUUGAGUGAUUUAACAACAGUUAAACAAUCACUGCUUUGUCAAAAAGAAUAUCAUAUUCGUCAAGUGUGGCUUCUUCAAUCUAAGAUUGCCCAACUGGAAAAAUACAAAAAGAAAAUGAAUAGCUCAGGUGGUAAGAUAGGAUCAGUUUCGUGCUCAGUGGAAAGUCAACAGGAAACACAGCAGCAGCUUAAAGUCACACAAAUGGAAAUUCUGAGGACAUUAUCAGAAGCUGAUGCAGCCUUGCAUUUGCAUGCCGAUACAUGCACAAGUAUGGACCCACACCUCAACCAGGUGAUUGAGUGCCUUCAAAAAAUGAGGCAGCAGCUAGAGCAGCUGUUUCAGUUUAGCCGAGAGUCGGAUACAACUACAGACCUACAACUAGAAGCCAUUGAACCUAUCGAUGAGUUCGCACAAUCGUCUCAGUCCAUCUCCCCAGAAACAGAAAAGGGAUCGAAUGACUUGGAAACAGAACUGCCCGCACUUGCACCCCUCGAGGUUCCUCAUUUUGAUUUUUCUAUGCUUCCGAUGUAACGUUUGAAGAUGAUAUUUGAUUUGAUUUCGUGUUAGGGUUUAAUCCAUAGAGAAUUUUAAUUGUAUGAAUAUGACGCAAAUGUAUUGUUUAACGUAAACUGUGAAUACGGGACGAAA